UAGAUAGAGAGAGAGAGAGGUAGAAGAGAAAGAGGUAGACACAUUGUUUGUGAGGAGAGAUAAGUAAAUUGUUUGUGAGGAGAGAUAAGUAAAGUGAGCAGCGUCGGUCGCGCUUCAAUCAAACAUCCGGGUGCUUAAAAGCGCAGAAGCACCGCUGCAGCUGCGUUUCCGCGUUGACUGAGCGGAGAGAGUGGAGGGGAGGGGAACGGCGAGAGCGAGCGAGCGAGCAGCGGAGACGCAGUGGGACACAGAGUCGGAGAAAAUUACAUAGACGCACCACAGCCACACAACAAAUAAAUAGAGAAUCGAACAUUGAGCGUCAAGGAGCCCGACCUGAGUGGUGCGCGGCCGAAACCCUUUUCACUAUGUAAAACCACCAGCUAAAAUGUGAGAUUUACGGAGGACAUCAGAAGAGAGCGAGAGAGAGGCUUUACCCCCUUAUCUUUACCGGGUCAUCUCAAUUUUGCUUUCCGUCGUCAUCGCAGUGUUUCUGGGGUAAAAUGAAGAAGUUUAACAUCAGGAAGGUGCUGGACGGCCUAAAGGAGCAGGCGUCUUCCUCUGUUUCGUCUGGCCAGUCGGGCGCCCCGGAGAACAAUUUGAUGCACGAGACCCUUCAGUCCGAGAAUUUUCAGCUCUGCAAGACUGUCCGUCAUGGCUUCCCCUAUCAGCCGUCGUCCAUGGCCCAUGACCCAGUCCAGAAGAUCCUGGCCAUUGGGACCCAGAGCGGGGCCCUCAGACUGUUUGGUCGUCCAGGUGUGGAGUGCUACUGUCAACAUGAGAGUGGGGCAGCCGUCAUCUCGCUACAGUUUCUCAUCAAUGAGGGUGCGCUGGUGAGUGCUCUGGCAGACGACAGCGUGCACCUCUGGAACCUGAGGCAGAGGAGGCCCGCCAUCCUCCACUCACUCAAGUUCAACAGAGAGAGGAUCACAUUCGUCCACCUGCCAUUCCAGAGUAAAUGGCUGUACAUCGGCACAGAGAAAGGAAACAUCCACAUCGUCAACGUGGAGUCGUUCACACUCUCAGGCUACGUCAUCAUGUGGAACAAAGCCAUCGAACUAUCCUCCAAGGCCCACCCAGGUCCUGUGGUCCACAUAAGUGACAACCCCAUGGAUGAAGGAAAGCUUAUCAUUGGAUAUGAGGCUGGAAUUGUGGUCUUGUGGGAUCUGAAAUCUAAGAAAGCAGACUACCGCUACACUUACGACGAGGCGAUCCACUCGGUUGCCUGGCACCAUGAGGGCAAGCAGUUCAUCUGUAGUCACUCAGACGGAACGCUCACCAUAUGGAACAUCAAGGGCCAGGGCAAGCCAUUUCAGACAAUCACCCCACAUGGAAAGCAGCCCAAGGAUGGAAAGAAGCCAGAGCCCUGCAAACCCAUCCUCAAAGUGGAGUACAAGACCACUAGACUGGGAGACCCCUUCAUGAUCCUGUCUGGAGGUCUGUCGUAUGACACGGUGGGUCGGCGGCCAUGUCUGACGGUGAUGCAUGGGAAGAGUACAGCCGUGCUGGAGAUGGACUAUCCUAUCGUAGACUUCCUCACGCUCUGUGAGACGCCAUACUCUAACGAUUUUCAGGAACCUUAUGCUGUAGUGGUCCUUCUAGAAAAGGAUUUAGUAGUAAUCGACCUUGCACAAAAUGGUUACCCCAUAUUCGAGAACCCCUAUCCACUGACCAUCCAUGAGUCUCCGGUUACCUGCUGUGAGUACUUUGCUGACUGCCCUGUGGACCUCAUACCCGCACUUUACUCUGUUGGCUCCAGACAGAAACGACAGGGCUACAGCAAAAAGGAGUGGCCAAUCAGUGGUGGUAACUGGGGCCUCGGCACACAGAGCUACCCUGAGAUCAUCAUCACUGGGCAUGCUGAUGGGACUGUGAAGUUUUGGGACGCUUCUGCAAUAAUGCUCCAGGUACUGUACAAGCUGAAGACAGCCAAGGUGUUUGAGAAGAGCAGGAACAAUAAGGAGGACAAGCAGAACACAGAGAUUGUGGAUGAGGACCCGUUUGCCAUCCAGAUAAUGGCCUGGUGUCCUGAGAGCAGGAUGCUGUGUGUGGCCGGGGUGUCCGCCAACCUCAUCAUAUACCGCUUCAGCAGGCAGGAGAUCACCACCGAGGUCGUACAGCUGUUGGAGGUACGUCUGCAGUACGAGGUGAAUGACAUGGAGUCCCCUCCAGAGGGGGGAGGAGGGGGGGACCGUGACCUGCCCACCCCAGGAGCAGCCUCACCUAGCCCCCAGACCACCGGACCCCCGACUCACCCCUCCACCAGCAGCAACUCCUCUGACGGGGUUCGAGACAACGUACCCUGCCUCAAGGUGCGUAGUACCCCUCUGAAGCAGUCUUCAGGGUAUCAGGUAGAGUUGGUGGUGCAGCUGGUGUGGGUAAGUGGAGAGCCCCCCCAACAGAUCACCAGCUUGGCCCUCAACUCCUCCUACGGCCUGAUUGUGUUUGGGAACAGUAAUGGUCUGGCAGUGGUGGACUACCUCCAGAAGACAGUGCUGUUGAACCUGGGGACAGUGGAGCUGUAUGGGUCUAAUGAUCCCUACCAGAGACAGGCUCGCUCUCCACGCAAGACACGCCAGCCCGCCGGAGGUAAUGGUCUGUGUGACAUCAACGAGGGUUCUGCCUCGGAGGACCGCUGCAAAUCUCCCACUUCAGUGUUGGCGUCAAACCAUCAGCAAUUCUACAAUGGAGGUGGGGGUAGAGGAGCAAAGAUGUCACGGAAAUUAAGCUUGCCUACUGAGCUAAAGCCAGACUUGGUCCUCCUGUCUGUAUGUCCUCCACGGGGCGCCAACCCAUUAGACCACCGAGACAACUCCUUCAGCCGUUCACGCUCCUCCUCCGUCACGUCCAUCGACAAGGAGGCGCGCGAGGCCAUCACCUCCUUCCACUUCUGUGAGACAUUCGCCCGGAAGGGGGACAGCGCCAUCACACCAUGCCUGUACGUGGGAACCUCCCUGGGAACAGUGCUGGCUGUGGCCCUCAACCUGCCCCCUGCUGGGGAACAAAGGCUGCUGCAGCCCGUUAUCGUCUUGCCUAGCGGUACCCUGGCACGACUGAAGGGCAGUAUCCUGAGGAUGGCCUUCCUGGACAACACAGGAACCUUCCUCCCCCCUGCCUUCGAGACCUGGUAUGAGCCAAACGCCGCGGGCGCCGACAGUGAGGAGCGAGACAAGGCCCGUAAACGCCGCCCGGUCUCUGUGUCACCCUCCACCUCCCAGGAGCUGCAGGAGAGCCAGUAUGCGGUGGUGUGCUCUGAGAAACAGGCUAAGGUCAUAGCACUGCCCUCACAGAACUGCAUCUUCAAACACAGCAUCACAGAGACAUCGUUCGUCCUGAGGGCUGAUGUGGUCCAGAUGAACAUAGGGAACUGUGUGGCCUGCUUCUGUGCUAACGGACACAUCAUGACCCUCAGUCUGCCGGGGCUGAGACCGUUGCUGGAUGUAAACUACCUGCCACUGACAGACAUGCGGAUAGCCCGGACCUUCUGCUUUACCAACCUGGGCCAGGCCAUGUACCUCACCUCCCCCACUGAGAUACAGAGGAUCACAUACAGCCAGGAGACCUGUGAGAACCUGCAGGAGAUGCUGGGAGAACUGUUCACACCAGUGGAAACCCCAGAGGCUCCCAACCGAGGAUUCUUCAAGGGCCUUUUUGGGGGAGGAGCAACUUCCCUGGACAGAGAGGAACUAUUUGGUGAGACGCAGGCGGGUAAGGCGUCCCGUGGCCUUGCCCAGCACAUCCCAGGUCCUCAGGGCCUGGAGGGCAUGAAGGGGGCAGCCUCGGGCGUGGUGGCGGACCUGGCGCGUGCCCGGAUAGCACUGGAUGAGAGAGGGCAGAAACUGGGCGAGCUGGACGAGAGGACGGCUGCCAUGUUGGCCAGCGCCGACUCCUUUGGCAAACACGCCCAUGACAUGAUGCUGAAGUGCAAAGACAAGAAGUGGUACCAGUUCUGAUCUGAGAGGGGGGAGCAGAGCCAAAGAGACAUAGCUUCAUCUGGACUCUACAUGCCCCCCUCCUCCAUCUCUCCAUCCAUCCCUCCUUCCAUCUCUCCUUCCUCCGCUGGACACCUGGGAUACUCUUUCCUAGCACAAUGUUGUAUACUGUAUUUACCUCAGUCAUAAGGUUACAAACUGAGGAACGGACUGGAGAGAAAAGAGGUGUUCUCUUUUUUGUUAUUGUUUGUUUUUCCCAUCUGUGACCUGCCGAUUGACUGGAGCUCUGGGGUUCCCUCAUCCUCAUUCGGCAAAAUGUUCUGUGCCAUUGUCUCUGCUCCAACCAAUCCGGGGCAUAUACUAACAGACAAAAUCAGACACAACUGAGAGAAAAAAGAAACAAUGAAGAAACAACUACAAAAAAAAAUCUAAAUGUAAAAAGAGGAAAAAAAGAAUAUAUAUACAUAAUUAUAUAUACAUAAAUCUAUAUAAAUGAUCAACGCUGUAUUCACUUCCUACUGUCAAGUGCAAAACAACAAGAGGACAACAUACAGGUGGAGACAGACGUGGUGGUGUGAGGGGCAAAGGAAGCUCUACUCAAAGUCACAGGAGGUGAUAUCAUAGCUGCAGGAUAAAACAACUGGUAAUUCCAAUGUACACUGGAUCCCCUCUCCUUGCUCCGACUAGACUCUCCUCAUCAUAUAGAUUCACUGUUUUCAUAUCGUUCCCAACUGUAUUAUACAUGUGUUAAAGGUAGAGUCAGCUAUAUGACGUAGAUGCACAAAGUUAACAGGAUAGUGGGUCAAUUUCUGCAGCAACUAAGAGCUUUGGAGCACGAGACUAAACUUCUCAGCUGUUUUGGUCCCGUGGCUACCAUACUGUAAGAGCGCAAAACGAACCCGUGCACAGGAGCAGAUACUGUGUGUGAUUAUGUGAGAGCGAAGUCUUGUAUCUUGCUCAUUGCCAUAGCUGUGGUGCUGCUCGUGCAAUGUCAUUUCUCUGACUCUACCUUUAAUUUAUCUCUUCUUGUUUAUUGUUUGUUUUAUUCUGUUAUUGUAAAUCUGUUUUUCUUUUUCUUAGCUGUCGUGAACAUUGUGAAUGAUGAUAUGUUUUUAUUUGGUCUUGUUGCCAGUAUGUUUUGUGGCUUUGUUAAACUCCCAUAAAGCUAUCCUUAUAAAAAGGGCUGGAUUCAAAAACAGGUCAUGGAUAUAAAAUACAUAGAUUUAUCAUUCAGAUUAGUACACGUCACCAUCAAUAAUGUUUCAUAUCAGGUGUCAGACACACAUCAGAAAUCUUGAAAAGAUCAGAACUCCAGAGGCAAGACUGUCACUGUCUCCGUCUCUCCCUGAAGUGUUUUAUUUGACAUGUAAAUGCUACUUGCCUCCCUGACCUCAUCAUGCCAUUAACAUCUGCUACAGUUUGGGCUUGUUAGUGACCCUGUAUGAAAGAUGUCAGUGUUACAGUAGGCCUACAGACUGCUGGUCUAUCCAGACCUAUUGGAUUGAUAUUCAGGAGUAAAUAUACUCUAUGGACAUGUGAUCCUGAAGUGCACGUGAACUUGGAGAUUACUAAUAACACAUGGGAAUAAACCUAUUUGUUUGUGUUCAAAUAUGCAGGACUAUAGAUACAGUAUGUACGUUCACGCAAAGUCAUACGUUUUUGAAGACUGAAACUUUUCUAGUUUUCCUUGAGAAUUGUCCGUAAAAUGUUUUGUCAGUUUGAGUGGUCUGUUUAUUGACAUUUUAUUUAUUUAAAUGUAAGAGACGCUGCUAUAUGUGUGGUGUGUCGAAACCGUCUGUUGUUUAGAGAUCUGUUUCUAUCCCCAUUUCAGUGGUGAAAGCACUCAUUUGUAUGUCCUUCAAUGUUCUGCCAGGCUUCUCUAUCGUUCUGUUGUAAAUAGGUAAAUAGUUUGACAAUCUAAGACCAAUUGGAAAAGUGUUGGGUGUUUCUCAAGCAAGCGACUCAAGGACAGCUGCCAUAUUUUUAAUGACACCAAAGAGUUACUUUAGCUUUCAUUUCCUUGUUCCAUUACUCAACUUGGCAUUCCAGAAGUUUCACUAAUUAAAAUACAAUAGGCAUAGGUCUAUAUGGGGCCUUGGGAACUGUGCAUUCUGACCCGGCCACUGGGCUAGGUUCCCUUCUCAAGGAGAGUGGGAUAUGCAAAAAAACAAUCAUUUCCAAUUCACACAUGCGUAUUAAUACAUACUUGUACAUGUGUGAAAUAGGACAAAUAUAAGCACCCACCAAAUGAUUAUUAUUAGUGAGGGUAGCACGUUUUUAGUAUGGAACAAACAUUGUAUUUACAACAUUGUGCCCAUCAUAAAAGUUCUAAAGUGGUAUUUGGCUAACUUCUAAGUAGCCUGCACCCUCUCCUAAAAGGACCAUAGGAGCAUUUCACUGUUGCUAUGACCAGCACAGUAUCUUAAAUGUUCAACUUUGACAUUGUUUUGUGCUGUAUGAUCGAUAAUGACUUGUUUUCUUGUCUCAAAAUGCUUGAUUUUGGUGACCAAUCAAUCUGUGUCAAAUCAAUUGUGGAAAAUCAGCAAGAAAAUAUGGGAAGAAAAGAAAAGAAAUAACACAGUAACCACAGUAACGACGCAGUAAGCACAGUAAUGACACACUAACCACAGUAAUGAGAGGAUGUCUGCGUCAGCAGGAUGAUCCAACCUCUGUGUAAUGUGGCUCCAUCAUAGACCUGCCUCGCAUGUUCAGUGUCUCAGUCUGCACACAUCAUGCAUCAACUCUCCCUGGCUUGUCUUCUAAUGCAUUCUGCUUCUACUCCAGUAAUAGUUCCAAGUGGCUCAUUUUGGAGAUACUAACUUGCAGGUUUGGUCUCUUUUUCUGUGUUCUAGUAUGCACUGUUGUGUGGUUGUUGAUAGGUAGUCCUGCUUCAAUCUUCCAAGGAGAAAAAAUUACUUACAAAGAAAAUGAUUAAGGUCCUUCCCGUUCAUUCUAGAUCUCUUUUAUUUUUCAGAUUUUCAAUGAGUUUUCUCUUGUCUUUGAGUGAGUUGUUUCUUGCCCACACACUCAGUACGCAGUAUUCUUCUUACCUGGUAUUAUUCAUACUCACAAGAGGGAGUCUGUCCGCCAUAAUGCCAUUUCUGUCCUGGAUUUAACGGUUAUCAGUGGGUUGCAGUAUUUUCUCAUUGUAGCCAAUUUUCUUGUACAGUUUUAUGCAAAUUUCACAUGGAUGUUUAUGACUUUAUCUGCUGCCACAAACAAUUUAGAAAUAAUUCUGUAGAUAGAAAUUACUGUGCAAUGGAAAAUAAAAGUGGAAAACAUG